CUUUUCUUUCUUUCUUCUUGUGACUAUCUCUUCAACACUGACUUUGGAAAGAAAAAAAAAAGCAGUGGAGAUGGUUUUCAGUUGGGGAAGGUAUUGUUCAGACUAUUCCCUAAUUAAGUCGGUCGGGUUUACCAAACAAAGUGCACCACAAAACCAUCGCGUCAUGGAUCAAUAUUACAGCAACUAAAAGAGGCGUGAUUUCUCUAUAUGUAAUGGUGAGGUAUUCUUCCCCCACGAAAAUCAUCUGAUCAAACUUAAAGGAAACCAUAUCUGGUUCUGGUGAUGACCAGUGAUAGACCGAUAAUUACACACCCUAUUUUUGAGCCGUUUGAGAGGUUGACUCUCGAGUUUUAAGCCGAUUUCACGCGAGGUUGUGUGUUUAUGUCAUAUUUCAGGACCUGACAGCGAAAUCGAGGCGAAGGAACGAGAUUCGGGUCGAAAGGAGCAAGCGAGAAUUGAAGUGGGCUGGAGGAAGAAAAUACCCGGCCAUGACCACAAAUACCCCGCCGGGUAUUAUUCUGAAGAGGCCGGGGAUUUGCCCUUUUGGCGUCUGAGAAACAGGAGGGGUCCCGGUCUGAAAGGAAGAAAUCCCCGACCGGGGAUUAUUGGAGGAGACCGGGUAUUUUCCCCUGGCCAAAACGCGCGUUUCAACUAUACCCGGUCGUGACCCAAAAUACCCGACCGGGUAUUUUGACCGGGUAUCGCGACAGGCAGCUGAUUUAAGGGAAAAGAAGGCCAAAGAUCAAGGGGAUUAGAGUUUUAGAGAGACAGAGUGAUUCCUAGAGAGAGAAAGAGACGAACAAGAGUCUCCAAGCGCCCUAGCUUGAUCUUCAACACCAUUGGAGGCCAGUUUGAGCUUGGAGAAGUGCCGAUCAACGUCCAGAAGCAAGAAUCCAUCCUUCACAGUAUGAAUUCCGCGUCUGAUUCUGCUUUUGCCUCUUUCUCCAUGGAGUAGUUCUCCCAUUCAUCUGGGUAUGGAGAACUCUAGAUUUGUAUGUUAGGUUUGAUUGUAUGAACCCAAGUACUGAUUCUAUGAUUUGAUUAUAUUCGAUUGAGGUUUGAAUGAUUGAAUGACUUGAAUCCUGAUCAAAUUCCUGUUGUUUCUGCUUUAAUCUAGAAUGAGAAUAUCUGCCUAGGUUGAUAGAGCAUCCUUGAUUGAAGGUAGGGAGUUGGUGACUUUAGUCGAGGAGUCAACUCACUAUUCUGUACCGGAUUUACUCCGGUAGUGGAGGUUUUGUUUGUUAAGGCCUCAAUCUGUUUACUCCGGUGGAGGUUAGUCGCCCGCUAGAGACUCGGAUUGAGAGGGUCUGAAGACCUUUAGUCGAGACUUCAGGCUGUUUGAGAACCUUCCGCAGUAUAACUAUCAUAGAAACUGAACUUGGUAAUUACAAUUUGGCUUAACUGCAGUCUAGGGGGAACCAUAUCCGGGUAACCUCUCUUAACCUGAAUACAACCGUUUACUUGCUUUGUUAGUUUGUUAGCUUAGACUUGCAUUAAAGUUUCAUUGCUAGAUAACAAGAACUCACUGAGUAGUCAUCAAAUCUAGGACCCGGGUUGACAUAUAAACCUAAACCCGCUAUACUACGCUUUAGGAAGUGGUUACACUUGGCCAAUUUCUAGAGUGACAGUAGGAGUGAGUCAAGUUUUUGGCGCUGUUGCCGGGGACGGCUAGGUUGUUGAAGAAAAGUGAUUUCUGUUAAUUUAGCUUUUCUUUUCGCUUUGUUUGCUUUGUCCCACUUGUGCCUUCACGGGUUUGCUUGCUUGAGUGUGUGCAGGUAGUGCAUGACCCGUAGCCAGUCAGGAGGUUUACUGCCUUUGAAUCCAGAGAUUGAACGCACCUGUCGCCAACUCAGGAGACAACAGCGAGCUAGACUGGCUACGGAAGAGCGCAUAGACGGCCACCUGAGCAGCCAUUCUGAGGAAGAAUACAGGAUGGACGGAGACUACAAUCAACACCAGGGGAAUCCUCAACAUGCUCCCCCGGUGAAUCAGGUCCUGGGGAACAACCCCAUACCCCAGGAUCAUGGGGUUCAUCAUCAUCCACCGCUGCCGGGUCCCACCUUGGAGUACUACUACACUCCACGGAUUGCUGACAUCCGCCCGGUCAUCCUCUAUCCGCCCAUUCCAGCAAACAACUUCGAGAUCAAGCCAUGUUGGAUUCAGCUCAUUACAUCCUCUAUCCAGUUCCAUGGCUUGAAGGAUGAGGAGGCCAGGAUGCAUCUUUCUCGUUUUCUGCAGCUGACGAACGGGUUCAAGCUGAAUGGUGUCCCUGAUGAUGCAAUCCGCCUUUAUCUCUUCCCCCAUUCUCUGGCGGGGAAUGCUAAGAGGUGGUUGGAGACCCAGCCCCCAUUGUCCAUCACCUCUUGGGACGAUCUGGCUGACAAAUUCGUGCACAGGUACUAUCCGGGAUCGAAGACUACAGAGAUCCAGCGGGAGAUCACUCACUUCCGCCAAGAGCCAGAUGAGUCGCUUCGUGAUGCAUGGGAGCGGUACAUGGGAUAUUUCUGGCAGUGUCCCCAUCAUGGCUUCAGUGAUGCAUUCACAGUGGGGAACUUCUACAGUGCUCUCUCUCCAGACAGCCAGAGGGUGAUUGAGUCUCUAUGCCCAGGAGGGGAUGUUCUCACUAAGACUCCACCCGAGCUGAACCAGAUGAUCAAUACUUUGGCUGCCAGAGAUCAUUCUUGGGGGCAGAGCAGCCGAGGCAGACAUUCCCGGGACCGUGGUGUGCACGCCAUGGAGACCAGAUCUGGGCUUGAGCAGCAGGUAGCUGAGUUAGUGCAGACAUUGAAGCAGCCCAACAGUCUGAUUCCGGGCAGAGGUUUGGCUACACCUCCAGUAGCUCAAUGUCAGUGGUGCGAGAGCUCUAAUCACCUAGUGGAGGACUGCCAGGCUAUGAGGGAGUCUACUACUCCCCAAGAGCAGUUGGACUUCAUCGCCAAUGCUCGACGCCUCGACCCGUACAGCAACACAUAUAAUGAGCGGUGGCGCCAGCAUCCCAACUUCGCCUGGAGCAGCAACACCACUAAACCACCUAGUUUUCCAGCACCAGCAGGUGGUUUUCAGCAGAGGCAGCCCUUCCAGGCUCGACAGGGGCCAGCCCCACAGCAGCAGCCCUACCAGCCUAGGCAGGGGCAACCAUUCCAGCAGCCCCAGCGCCAGUUUGCCGAGCCAGCAGCAGCUCCGGCCCUAGAUGACCGGAUGACAAAGCUGGAAAAUAUUCUAGCUUCAUUCAUGACUAGCACUCAGGCUGCUAUCACAUCACUGGAGGCAGGUCAGCGGAACCAGGGUGUCAUUUUGCAAGAUCUGCAGACCCAGGUGGGCAUCUUGGCCCGCCAAAACACUACCAGGGCACCGAGGACUCUGUCUGCCACCACUAUCCCGAAUCCUCGGGAUCCUCACCAGCUCCAGCAGCUGGAUGCCAUUUUUACCAGGAGCGGUAAGACCAUAUCUGCUGAUCCUGUCCCGGCCAGACAGGAGGAACCACUACCUGCUUCAGCACUUCCAGCCGACGAUGCAGAAGUGCGGGUGGAGAAGGAAGCCCAUGCUCCCAAGCCACAACCAGUGGUUAAGGAGCAUGUACCCCAGCUUCCCUUCCCCACUCGCCUACACAAAGACAAGUUGGAGACUGAGUUUGCCAAUUUUAUGGCAAUGUUGAAGCAGCUCAACAUCAGCAUACCGUUUGUGGAGGCACUGUCGAAGAUGCCCAAGUACGCGAAGUUCAUGAAAGAUCUCCUCACCAACAAGAAGAAACUUGGGGAUCUCUCGACAGUGUUGCUGAGCGAGGAGUGUUCUGCUAUCCUGCAGAACAAGCUGCCCGAGAAGCGCAAGGAUCCAGGGAGUUUUACUAUCCCUCUUACUAUUGGCAGCAUGCAUGUAGGCAAGUCCUUGGCAGACCUAGGCGCUAGCAUAAACGUCAUGCCAUAUAAGUUGUAUAAAAAGCUAGACCUAGGUGAACUUAGCCCUACUAGGAUGAGCAUUCAGCUAGCUGAUCGUUCCAUUGUGCAUCCUAGGGGGAUCAUAGAGGAUUUGCUAGUUAAUGUAGGUGCAUUCACAUAUCCUGUUGAUUUUGUUAUUCUUGAUAUACAUGAGGAUGUGGAUGUGCCUUUGAUUCUGGGUAGACCAUUUCUUGCCACCGCCAAGGCACUUAUUGAUGUGCAUGAUGGUAAACUGAUCAUGCGUGCUGGGAAUGAACAGGCUACUUUCUCUGUGACUGAAUUCGAUCACUGCGCUAUGAUUGCUGUCACACCUGUGCAUGCCAUUUCUGAUCAGGUACACGAGCCUGUCGUGUACCCUUCUGCACCUCUCAUUUUGCAGGACCCUCCUAUCAUUCCUUCGCCGCCACUCCAUCCAGUCUCGCCUCCGAACAAAAAGAUCAAGGAGGAGUGGCGGCCGAAGCAGCAGGUUGCUAAGCCUGCACGGAAGAAGAGUGGAGACCACUAUGAGCUGGUCCCACCUCCUGCACCACGACCACCCUGGCCGUCUGGGUACUCACUCGCCUGCAUCUUGCCAGAUAGCCAGGUCGAGCUGACUGAUGAUGGUGGUCGCAUCCGUCGGGUGCAUGGCCACAACCUAAAGCUGUACCUCAAGAGCGACGUGGAUCCGCUCUUGGGGGCACCUGUUCCUUCACCUCCCUAAGUAUCCACCAUGGGCGUCCAGCUAAAAGACGGUAAAGAAGCGCUUGUGGGGAGGCAACCCCACCACGGUUUGACUUUCUUUCUUGUGUUUUGAGUCGGAUUGUAAACCAGUUUGGUUUUGUUUUGUUUUGUUUUUGUUUUGGAUGAUGUAUUAUUGGGCUGACCAUUGGACCUAACAUAUUGUGUUUGAGCUCUUCUGUUCCCCUUUAGCUGUGCUUUGUUCCAGACUGGUCCCUCUCCAGUCCGCUUCACUCGACUGGUCCGCUUCCAGUCUCCUGCAGUCCGUGCAUACCGGCAACAUCGUUCCCCUUUCCCUUCCCUCUUCUCCAUUGAGGGCAAUGUCGAUCUUAAGUGUGGGGGGAUGUUUAUCUUUUGACUGCAUUAGAUCUGUUUGUGUGCUUGGAGCCUAGUCCACUGUCCAAAUUUUUAAAUUUGAGGGCUCCAAGUACGUGUUUCCGUGCAAUUGCCUGCUCAGUAUGCUUUGAAUUGACAGUCUUUAUAGUAAUAUGCAACCUAGGGAGGUAGUGUAGCACUAUCGAGGAUGUUGAUGCAUUUAAGAAAUCUCAUUUCUUCUUCAUAUUGUGUUGGUUGAUUGAGUGAAUUAGUGAUCUUAGGACCCUUGAAUUGUGUGGUGUUGUGGAUUCUCUACCUGUCAUGGACUCUUGUAUCAUGUUUUGAAAAUAACAGGUGCUCGGAAAUGUGCUUUGAAAUAACGUCUCCCGUGCGAAUAGGGCGAAAGUGUGUAAGGGGAGACGGAAAUUCGUUCCCAAUUUCAACCUACUACCUCCAGUCCACUUACAUGUCUUUCCCCCGCACGAGGCUCGAGACAUCCGCUCCUGGCAUGGCUGGUAAGAGCCGGGCUCCUGCAAAACCUCUGCUAGGUGGGAGCCCCCAUUCUCUGAAAAGCAGGUUGGGACCCUCGAAAACAAAAGAAAAGAAAAAAAAAUAUCAGAAAACAAGCAAAACAGAAAGAUAAGGGGUUCCAACCAUCUUUAAGCAAAAAAUAGAGCACCUUGAAAAAUGUGAGUCCAUGAUCCUUUGUUGUUGAGAAUCUCUUCAUCCACGAUUCAUUUGUCCUCUGUUCACUAUUUGCCAUGAUGCCGACUCGAGACUAGCGUUCUCGCCGAAAAAGUUAGGAGAUGACUUGUGCGUCGGUUGACCUCGUAAGCUGCUAAAUGAUCUAGGAAGUCCUCUACCUACGAUCUGGGUUGUUUGUUGCUAUAGAGGUCUGGAGAGUUGCAUUGGUUUGAGUUAGGUUUGCUUGGGGACAAGCAAACGGUUAAGUGUGGGGGAGUUUGAUAGACCGAUAAUUACACAUAUUUUCACCCCUAUUCUUGAGCCGUUUGAGAGGUUGACUCUCGGGUUUUAAGUCGAUUUCACGCGAGGUUGUGUGUUUAUGUCAUAUUUCAGGACCCGGCGGCGGAAUCGAGGCGAAGGAACGAGAUUCGGGUGGAAAGGAGCAAGCGAGGAUUGAAGUGGGCUGGAGGAAGAAAAUACCCGGCCAUGACCACAAAUACCCGGCCGGGUAUUAUUCUGAAGAGGCCGGGGAUUUGCCCUUUUGGCGUCUGAGAAACAGGAGGGGUCCCGGUCUGAAAAAAAAAGAAAUCCCCAACCGGGGAUUAUUGGAGGAGACCGGGUAUUUUCCCCUGGCCAAAACACGCGUUUCAACUAUACCCGGUCGUGACCCAAAAUACCCGACCGGGUAUUUUGACCGGGUAUCGCGACAGGCAGCUGAUUUAAGGGAAAAGAAGGCCAAAGAUCAAGGGGAUUCGAGUUUUAGAGAGACAGAGUGAUUCCUAGAGAGAGAAAGCGACGAACAAGAGUCUCCAAGCGCCCUAGCUUGAUCUUCAACACCAUUGGAGGCCAGUUUGAGCUUGGAGAAGUGCCGAUCAACGUCCAGAAGCAGGAAUCCAUCCUUCACAGUAUGAAUUCCGCGUCUGAUUCUGCUUUUGCCUCUUUCUCCAUGGAGUAGUUCUCCCAUUCAUCUGGGUAUGGAGAACCCUAGAUUUGUAUGUUAGGUUUGAUUGUAUGAACCCAAGUACUGAUUCUAUGAUUUGAUUAUAUUCGAUUGAGGUUUGAAUGAUUGAAUGACUUGAAUCCUGAUCAAAUUCCUGUUGUUUCUGCUUUAACCUAGAAUGAGAAUAUCUGCCUAGGUUGAUAGAGCAUCCUUGAUUUAAGGUAGGGAGUUGGUGACUUUAGUCGAGGAGUCAACUCACUAUUCUGUACCGGAUUUACUCUGGUAGUGGAGGUUUUGUUUGUUAAGGCCUCAAUCUGUUUACUCCGGUGGAGGUUAGUCGCCCGCUAGAGACUAAGAUUGAGAGGGUCUGAAGACCUUUAGUCGAGACUUUAGGCUGUUUGAGAACCUUCCGCAGUAUAACUAUCAUAGAAACUGAACUUGGUAAUUACAAUCCGGCUUAACUGCAGUCUAGGGGGAACCAUAUCCGGGUGACCUCUCUUAACCUGAAUACAACCGUUUACUUGCUUUGUUAGUUUGUUAGCUUAGACUUGCAUUAAAGUUUCAUUGCUAGAUAACAAGAACUCACUGAGUAGUCCUCAAAUCUAGGACCCGGGUUGACAUAUAAACCUAAACCCGCUAUACUACGCUUUAGGAAGUGGUUUCACUUGGCCAAUUUCUAGAGUGACAGUAGGAGUGAGUCAACCAGAACCAACAUCUUCUGGGCGAGGGCAUGGUGGACAUUGAUCGAGACGUCUGUUGAUUUUCUUCUUAUGAGGGGUUCAGAACCCUUAUGAAAAAUAGCCGUAGGAUCAGCACUGCAAGUGGCUGCAGUGGAAAUAAAUCUUUUGUACCUUAUGUCAGAAAGCCAUUGAAAAGAUCAGAGUACUAAGAAUGCCAAGUCGACAAUCUUUGGAGACAGGGAGGAUAAUCCUGCUAUUGAGAGAAUGUGCUAGGCAGAGGACAAUCUAAACUCAGCAAUGUGGUGAAAGCUCCGCUGGUAAAUCUGUGGAUAUGACAUUAGUUUUGGACUUUUGGUAAUUCUAUUCAGAAGAUUCCUCGAGAGACAACUCCAUUCUCUUGAAAUUGAACUGCUGUAGCUGUCUAUCUCCUCUCAGGCUCUCACUCUCGGUUGCCAUAAACGAACGCAGAUAGUGGUGCAUUGGCUUUCUCCAAUCAGGGUUGCCAAUGAGGUAAUUCAUUACUUUCGGUGAUGAAUGAUGUAUAAGUAUCAUAAUGUAACGUAUUAGUUUCUAUCUCCUAUAUUCUCUAAACGACAGAUGGCUGCAAAAUUAUGGCAAGUAUAACUACUGGGAAACAUCAAUGAAAAAACAGGGGUUCUUUAUCUUGUUUUAGCAACCAGUAGCGCUGGAAUGCAAUAGCUUCUCCUUGUUUUGAGUAGUAAUCUAUCAUUUUCUCCAAACGAAUCUAAUCCUCCGUAAACAGAACAUAUUGUAUAUCUCUGCAAGGAAGAGAAUGGGAAGCCAAACUAGAGCUACAUUCUGCUUGUAUCCUGCUCCUUCACCAACCAAACUACCUCUGUUUUCCCCUGCUUUCCAGAAAUCCCCUGUUUUGCAAAUUGGAGCUCCAUUCUACUUGUAAGUUGCUCAUUCAUCAACUAAACCACAUCUUCUCGUGAAAGCUUCGCUCCCAACCGUUUACUAGUUCACUACAUCACCACACAUGACCCGAUUGCUGAUGUUCCAAGGAAGGCUUUUCCUCGCACCAAGUAUCUUCUUUUUCUGUCCAAGUUGAAAGUUCAUUUACUACUUAACCUUUUGGUUAACGGCUGUAUUGCCAUUUAUUGCUCCAACUGUACAAGCAUAAUCACUAAUGUACACUUGUAUGUAUACUAUGAUGGUUAAUGAGAAAUACAAGGAAACUCCAAACAAAUAUGCUAACAUGCUGCAUAACAUACAUCACCACAAACAUGGAAGAAAGGACAUCAAUACAU